UUAUCACAAGUGUAUGUCUAUUUUGAUCUUAUCCAAAUGAAAAUGGUUUGGUUUUAAACAUAUGCGAUAUAGUAGACUAACUAUUUCCCCAAAAUAUAGAUGAAAUUACAUUAUUUGUUUAAUUGUAGAUAAAGAACAACCUAGCAGCAGUUAUUUAAAAAUCAAACCAAUCAAUCAUCAUAUAUGAAGAAGGAACGAUAUAAUUGAGCGAUGUGGACUCUGAACGGAAGUUUCAGCGGGUGCACACUCCAGCAACGCUUGUUUGGUCGUUUUUUUGUACAAAAUGUUGAUAUGGCGGUGUGCUUUUACUAGUUACAUUACUUGCACUAGCCGCUUGGUAAUAGUUUAGGUAUACUCUUUCUGGGCAGCUUAUACAGCAGAGGUGAGUUGACGCCUCAAAAUUCACGUUAAUUUAGCUAGAUUGGUUACAUUAGUUGAAAGAAAUAUAUAGAGCAGUGGUUUGACUAUAGCUAACCACCUUAGCAUUCGCUUUAUAAGUGUAGUAUAGUCACAUAAAUUGCGUUCAACAUGGACAACCAAGAACAGUGCUCUCCCACUGAAGGAUGCGUCGACCUGUCUACGCUGGUGUCGGGGGUUGGAAAGAAUAUCAAGUCAGUUUUGUGCCAACGUUGUGGAUCGAAGGUCCUCUGCCCAGGGAUGGCGGUGUUUACGGAGAAGGAGCUGUUCCUGCCCUCAAUGCGCAAGAAGACCACUAUCACCCAAUCAGAGGGAUCCGUGGAUGGGGACACACUGACUACCCACUGGUUAGUCGACGACAUGUACACUUUUGAGAAUGUGGGCUUCACAAAGGAUGUGGGGAGAAUCAAGUACCUCAUUUGUGCAGACUGUGAGAUUGGACCCAUAGGCUGGCACUGCCUGGAUGACAAAAAGAGUUUCUAUGUUGCAUUGGAAAGAGUCAAUCAUGCCUAGUGUGGCCCAUUGUAAGAACCUGAGAGUGUACACAUUUGGAACUGAAGGACAAGACAGACCAACACGAACGUCAGCCGUGCGCAGUAGAUUACUUGUUGGGUGUCGACGGACAGUGCCUAUUCAACAUGUAGAGAAGUCAACAGAAAAUGGCGGCAAAUGUUCUGUGGUCAGAGGCGAUAGGACGGUCACCCACUGUGCAUGGGCAACAAGCAUUGGUAUCUCUUGUCCUUUAAUUCUUUCCGGCCUUCACUUUCCCUCUGGCUGGUGCUGGAUGACUCCUUAGUUCUUCAAAGCCAAGUGUUCUUCAAUUCCUUUGUUUAUUACUGAUCAACAAUGGUAUUGAUGUGGUUCUCUGAACAACUGUCUUAUCAGUCUAUAAAACUGUUAUUCAAUCUAAUACUGUAACUAUCCCAUAUUCAGGUGUUAUGCUUUGGUCUGAGCUUAACCCUACAGCCUUUGGAAUUGUAUUACUUGUAUAGGCUUACUUGAAAUAUUAUCAGACUAUCUCUGAUUCUACAAAUGUGGCCCAUUUGUACUUCUACUGUUUGAAUGAUUAGUGUGCUUAUCAGCAUAGCACACCCUUCACAUUCUGAAUAAUGGGAGUGGUUGUAUUUGUUGAGUGUGCUGUAUGCAUUUGUUGCUGAUACACUUCAAGUGACAGUGUUCUGUCUGUUGAUAUACCACAUUGGCUUUGACUGCUGCUCUAUGUUGGCCCUCAGCUAUUGCCAUCAAACUCCAGAGGACCCCAUGAGAUCUCCACAGUCCAUGCUCAUCAUGGACUCAUCAUUUUGAUUCUCUUUCAAACUGUUAUUAACUCUGUAAAAUAAAAUGUAUCCCUGUGA